AUGGCAAAUGCCUGGAAAAGAUACAAACCCCCUAGGCUUCUCUCCCCAAGACCCAUCCUCCUCCUAUCCACCUCCCUCCUCCUCCUGUUCUUCUUCGUCCUCACCUCUCGCUCCUCAAACCCUAACCUCACUUACCCGUCUGUCAAAACCCUAAUUCCUGUCCGCGCAAUUAACCCAUUUGACUGCUUCAAGUGCCCUCAAUCCCACCCCAUCAUCGCCAACGUCGUGGAAGGCCUGAAAUUCCCUUUUAUCUUCUCGCUCUCGGAUCUCGGAAACCUACCCGAUAAGCCCCACAAGAUCAUUGUUCGGAUGCUCAAGGACAAGCCCUUACGAAAACUUGACAUCUCCGUGACGAUUCAAGAUGUUUUAGAGAAGAUGAGGGGUGAGGGCAGAAAUGGGUUCGUGGUGGACGUUGGGGCGAAUGUGGGGACGGCAACUUUCGUCGCAGCCGUAAUGGGUUUUAGGGUUUUGGCAUUUGAGCCGGUUUUUGAGAAUUUGCAGAGGAUUUGUGAUGGGAUUUUCUUUAAUCGGAUUGGGGAUUCAGUUACUGUGUUUGAAGCAGCAGCCUCGGAUCGCCUCGGGAAUAUUACCUUUUAUAAGCUUGUAAUGAUUAUUGUAUUGGAUUUACGUGAUGAUUGUUUGUUCGUUCGUAUGUGA